GGGUCGGGCUGGGCGAGGAGGAGGCGGCGGAGGCGGGAGGUCGGGACGGUCCGCUCGGCGGAGCCGCGGCCGGAGCCGGGUUCUUUGGCAUGGAUUGUUCAGUGGAAGUAUUAGAAUUGACUGAGCAUACUCCUGUUUUAUUGGGGAGUACAACCAUAAACGUAGGAAAUUCAUUUGGUGACCAAAUUAAUCCUGUGGUUAGUAAAAACUCUCCUGUGGACAAUGAUGAGGAUGAUGAUGUUGUAUUUAUUGACUCUAUACAACCUCCUUCAACUGCACCAGCUGUAGCUGAUCCAAGAAACUUUAUAUCAUCAAAAACUGAAAAGCUCCAAGGAAAUUACUCCAAAUUCCUUCUUUCCUCAAGAGAUUUAACUUCUCAAAAGGGCAAUAUAAUUGAGACAAUAGUCAUUGAUGAUGAAGAGGACUUAGAAACAAAUGGAGCGGAUAAAAAAAUUUCUUCCAGUUUUGUUGGAUGGGAACUUCCUGGAACUAAAAACAGAAUCAAAGAUUUGGAUUUCUGCACUACCAGUCUUUCAAGAAGUAAGAGCAAGACUGGAGUAGGACCUUUUAAUCCUGGUAGAAUGAAUAUGACAGGAUAUGAAUUUCAGAACGGAGGAUUUCCAUCUCAUCAUAGUCCUGAUUCUUGGAUCUCCCAGUCAGCAUUAUUUCCCCGUAAUCAGAAGCAAGCACGGGUGGAUUCUUUAUCACCAGUGGCCUCUCUUCCUAAACAGAUAUUUCAACCUUCAGAUCAACAGCAACAUACUAAAUCAACUAAAAUCAUUUGUGCUUAUUGCAAAAAUCCCUUACAAAAGGGUCAAACUGCUUAUCAACGAAAAGGAUCGAUUCACCUGUUUUGUUCUACCACCUGCCUUUCUUCCUUCUCUCAUAAACGUACUCCCAGGAAGAGCAAUUUAAUAUGUAAAAAUGACCUAUCGACAAGUAAAGCUCCUAUGUUUCCUCCAGUGAAGCCAAUUGAAUUCAUCCAGAAAUUCUCUAGUACAACCUGUUUAAUGCCCUAUGAAGAUAUUCAGAAUUUUAGAAAAAGAGGGCUAAAUAAAUCAAGAUGUACAAUCUGUAGUAAAGUAACAGAGAUUCGCCAUGAAGUCAGCGUUAACAAUGUAACACAUAAAUUGUGCAGUAAUCAGUGCUUUAAUAAGUACAGGCUGGCCAACGGUUUAACAAUGAAUUGCUGUGAACAGUGUGGAGAGUACUUGCCUGAUAAAAGUGUUGGAAACAUUGUCCUGAUUGAAGGUCAGCAGACAAGAUUUUGCUGCCAAAGUUGUGCUAAUGAAUAUAAAAAGAUUAUGGAAACAAAUUUUAACAAAUUGACUGCAUCUGAGAAUAGAAAAAGGAGUGUUGAUAGAGAAGAAAAUGAAAGCAAAUUAUGUGAAACAUUGGAUACAUGUUUGAAAAAAAUAGAGGAAAUACCACAAAAGAAGGAAAAAACUGUAGGACAGAAGAUUGUAGCAGAAUGUAGCUCAGAUGUAUCACUGAUCAGCCAGAAUGUGCAUUUACCAUCUGUAUCAUCCACACCUGAUAUGUUUCAAGAGCAACUGGAAGAAAAAAAGUCAGAAGACUCCAGUAUACCAGUUAGACUUUCUGCAGAUCCAGGUACAUGGCCCCGAAUUUUGAAUAUUAAGCAACGGGACUCUGUUAUUGAAAAUAAUCCUCCUCAAGUAAGAAAUUUUAACUUUCCAAAGGACAGUACAGGGAGGAAGUUUUCAGAAACUUAUUAUACACGAAUUCUUCCAAAUGGUGAAAAAACCACUCGAUCCUGGUUACUUUAUUCAACAUCAAAAGAUUCUGUUUUUUGUCUGUAUUGCAAACUCCUAGGGGAAGGAAAAAAUCAACUUAAAAAUGAGAAUGGGUGCAAAGAUUGGCAGCAUUUAUCACAUAUUCUUAGUAAGCAUGAAGAAAGUGAGAUGCACAUUAACAAUAGUGUUAAGUAUUCCAAAUUAAAAUCAGAUUUGGAAAAGAAAAGUUCAGAGCACAAAAUUUAUGAUAAUGAGGAAAAGGAUGGUGUUCUGUUGUUGUAUACAUAGUAUAUUGUUUGGUUUUUUACAUAACUGGGUCUUAUUUAUUCAGUAAACAUCUGUACCUAGCAGUUCUAUUUUGAUGUGAUGCUCCCAUCACUCCUAAUUUGUAGAAGUUCAUUAGCAGUAAGUCUAACAAAAUAGAUAGUAAAAAAAUGUUUCUUUUCCAAAUUACAGAGCUUUCUGGAGUUAAUAAUCAGUACAAAAUUCACUAAACCCAUUAAUUUUCUCAGCGUAUUGAAUCACUCAAAUUCAAAUUGAUAUUUAAAAACUGAUGUUUGAUAAGUGUGUUUAAAAUUCAGUUCUAAUUUACCUUGAAAAAAGGAGAUAUUUAACAGGAUAAUUAUCUGAA